AAACGAAUAAACAAAUACACGAUCACAAGGAUGACAGUCUGAGUUUCUUGGCCAGCAUUUGCGGUGUUUUCAGUCUGCUUCAGAGCGAUGACGUGACAGGAGCGUGAUCUCCUCGUGACGAUGGGAUGGAUCAACGGCGAGGUCGGACGGACGUAUAUAAGAUGGACCGCAGUGUACAAAAAACACUGAAGCUGGAGAAGACUCUCCAACAAGCAACAUCCCAGGAGAUUCUCUGAUUUCCAAACAGAGAGACAUGAAGAGUGCAACCCCAGUGAAGAUGUUGGCGGCGUUCGCUCUGCUUCUGCUGGUAUUCAGUGGCACUGAGGGACGGAUUAUGAAUAAAUGUGAGCUGAAGGCCAAGCUGGACGCUGCUCAGCUGCAGCAGAUCACCGUCAUGGAAGAAACAAUAACCGUGAAGAGCCUCAUCGCCAGAUUUGUCUGCAAGGCCAACACCUCAGCCUUCAACACCAGCUUUGUCAAAAACAUCACGGCUCAAAAUAACGAGAUGAACCCAGCACAGGCAUCCCAAGCUCCAUCAUCUGGAGGUCCACCUCAGGCUCCAGCUGGAUCUCCACACAAAGAUGCACCAUCUGGAUCUCCACACAAGGUUCCAACCUCUCGAGCUCCACCAAAGGUUCCAACCUCUAGAGAUCCACCAAAGGUUUCAACCUCUAGAGAUCCACCAAAGGUUCCAACCUCUCGAUCUCCUCCAAAGGUUCCAUCAUUUGGUUCUCCACCCAAGGUUCCAACCUCUCGAGCUCCUCCAAAGGAUCCAUCCUCUCGACUUCCACCUCAUGAUCCAACUGGAGCUCCACCUAAGCCCGACAAAUCUGCUCUCACCAAAAGACCCGAGGGCUCCAGCUAUGAGACGAAGCAACCACAUCCGAGCGCAGCUGGCAAGGUUGUCGGGCACCUGUACGGUGUGUUUCAGCUCAGUGAUCAGGUGGCCUGUGAUUCCGGCACGAUCCCAUCGCUCAACGUCUGCAACAUCACCUGCUCUGCUUUGACUGACGAUGACAUCUCCAAUGACAUUGCCUGCCUGAAGACCCUGACGAACGUCAUGAAAAUGAAACCCAAAGAGACCCCGUUUGACGUUAAGAAGAUAGUGGACAUGAUGCUGGUGAAGGAGUGUCAGUCUGUUCCUUCAAACUACUUUGCUGGCUGUGUUUGAAACAGAUGGAGCAGACUCACACAAGAUUAGAUUCUUCCUGCUGCAUUACUUACACACACACACACACACACACACACACACACACACACACACACACACACACAUCA